CAGUCUUUUUUUCCCUCCGCGGCCAUUGGACGAUCACUCCCAACUCUCCCCGGAUCCCUUUUUUCUCUUCCCCUCUGCAUCUGCUCUUCUGUUGUUCAUUCCUCCCUCACAAAAUGGCUUUUUGGCGUCAAGUAGGCCAGCAAUUGUGCCGUGUACCAAAAACCGCCAGCGACGUCGGUCUGACUCAAUCGCGGAGAUACCUGACAUCCUCGAAGACGAGGACUAUCGGAACCACAACACAGCUUCGGUCAACUUUGGCAGUACACCGGAGCCUACAAUCAUCAUGGCAAGGAUAUAGCGCAGCCCGGCGCUCUUUCUCUGUGACCGCACAAGCUGCGCAUGGUCAUAUCACGCCGCCAAAGCCCGGUGAAGAGAUCAACAUCACAUUUAUCGACAAGGAUGGCAGCAAGGUUGAUCUUCAGGUUGCCGAGGGCGACAACUUGCUAGACAUCGCCCAGGCGAAUGAUCUCGAGAUGGAGGGUGCCUGUGGUGGAUCCUGUGCUUGCUCAACAUGCCAUGUAAUUGUUGAGGACCCGGACAUGUUUGACAAAAUGGAGGAGCCAUCGGACGACGAGAACGACAUGCUGGAUCUGGCAUUCGGCCUGACUGAGACAUCGCGGCUGGGCUGCCAGGUGCUCAUGACCAAGGACCUGGAUGGACUGGUCGUGCGACUGCCAUCCAUGACACGGAACCUACAAGCAAGCGACUUUGAGUCGAAAUAAAUACGAGGAGAGGGUUCGGAAGACGCUAGGAUCGUGAACAAAUUCACUUGGGGUCGGCAUCAAGCUAAAAGGCUUUAGUCCAUUGGACUAUGUAUUCUACUAUUCCUCACACAUCAAGCACAGUUGCGUUAUAUCGCAAAAUGGAAAUUCUCCUGUACUAUGUUGAAUGAAAAAGAAGUCUCC